AUGGCCACGCGCGAAUUCCUCCCUACCGACCGACGGCCCAAAAGGGCAGGAAAAUCAUAUGUCGACGUCUACACCAGCAAACACGGCAUCAGCUUCCUUCAAGCGAGCGACCACCGUGACGUCUACAACUCUUCGUCCCAGAUCCCGAUCGCCAUGGUCUGUCCUGACAGGUACAAGCUUUCUGUCGCUUGCGUGCACCGGUCGAGAGCUGAGCCAUGUCAGCAAGCUUUCUCUGAACCUUCGUCCACGGCUCACAGGCAGCGCUUGAGCGCUCAACAGCUGUUCACAUUCUGCCCCGCCGGUGUCGGCGUGUCGGCGGUCCGCUGUGGCGACGCCUUCAUCCCUUUGCCCAUCCUUGGGCCAGAGCAUCUGGGCGUGUCUCUAGCCCAACCCCCUAACCCUCGUCUGCUCUGUCGAGUGUCAUAUGUGCCAAUCAAUCUCUCCGAUGGCAGAUCCAUCCGCGUCGAACGCUGA